GUCACCUUGACUCUGGCACUUACCCAAAAGAUUGACAAUUCAUGCUCACGCAGCGCGUAUUUCGUCAAUUGACCGACAGCGUUCUCUUUGACACGCGGAGUCCUUCAAUAUGCUUUUGCGCCACGCGAUGUUGCCGCAUUACGCCCCCAAGUUCUCCUCGCGGCCUCUCCUCUUUACGACGUAGUGAGCCACGAUUCCUCCAACGUCGCAACGCAUCAUCCUCGUCCUCCACACGAUGGAAAUCGCGCCAAGCGCGGGACCAUUUCUCUCGAGAAGCGAAAGUGAACGGCUUGAAGUCUCGCGCAGCUUUCAAACUGCUCGAGAUCGACGCGCGAUACCGUCUCUUCAAACCCGGACAAACGGUCGUUGACCUGGGUUAUGCUCCUGGCUCAUGGUCUCAAGUUGCGCAGACCAAGACCAGCCCCGGCGGUCGCGUCAUAGGCAUUGAUAUAUUGCCCGUUCAGCCUCCCAGAGGCGUUAGCACCAUCCAGGGGAACUUCUUAAGCAAGGAGGUUCGGGACGAGGUUAGGAGAUAUGUAUUGGAUCCAGACAAAGGACGGCCGAAAAGGCCAGUUCUAAACGACCAAACUAAGAGCGCAGAGAAUGGGAUGCUCUAUGUGGAAGAAGAGGAACAUGGUUAUCUUGACAUGGAGAGACACGCCGAUUUAGACCUGAGUCCUGAGCCCGCCCUGCAAACAUCGCCAGCUCCGUCAGACCUGAACGCACUGCCAGAGAAACGGAAGCUCACUUUGAAGGACCGUGAUGCUGCGGCCGGCCGCGUGAUCGACGUUCUCCUCUCAGACAUGUCAGCGCCCUGGCCCCAAACCACUUCCCCGUGGGUCUUCAGCGUCUCUAACCCGUAUCACAGGAUGCAGAAUACCUCAGGUAUUCCCUUCAAGGAUCAUGCGGGGUCCAUGGACUUGUGCUUUGCGGCAUUGACUUUUGCAUUCGACACGCUGAGGACAGGCGGGGCGUUCGUGUGCAAAUUCUAUACAGGGAGUGAGGACAAGAUGCUGGAGAUGCGGCUCAAGAAGCUGUUUGAGAAGGUGGUGAGGGAGAAGCCGGAAAGUUCGCGGAGUGAGAGUAAGGAAGCGUACUUCAUCGGCCUACGUCGAAAAGAAGAUGCGGGACGAGAAGAAGUGCUCGGAUGAUUUGGAGAGUCUAGCGUUGCAACACGCAAUUUGCACAUCAAAAGAAUUCAGGCUUGGGCGCGAUUUAACUCCCCAAAAAUCCAUAGAACGCACCGGUCAAACCAAAGUUCUCUUUCCGUCA